AUUGGUGAUUGUUCAACUGCGAUCGUCUGCGAGGAAAAUACGAUAUUCAAACUCGAGAUGCUUGUCACGUUGAGCGGGCGAAUAUUUUUCGACGUGUAUAACUUUCGAAUUAUGUCGGAAAUUGAGAAAUUUUAGUUUCGACUUCGAAAUGAGACUUGAAAAAUUCACCGCGAUAUUUUCGACUCGAAUUUUAGUCGAAAUUAUAUAAAAAAAAAAAAAGAAUUAGCAUAAAAAUAUCGAAACGUUGGAAAGUUUAUGAAAUUUCGUCGUUUUUUUAAAAUCCGAUCUCAAGACGAGUUCCACACCAGCAAUUGAGUCGCCCGUAGACUCAAACUUUCACCGUGAAAUAGUGUAAAGAGAGGGAGGGCUUGAAAUCAUGGAAAAAGAGAGGGAACAAGAAAAUUAAAACGAAUUUUUUCGUGCCGUAGUUGAAAACUGGCCCAAUAGAAUGUGUUAUCGUCGAUGUGAUAAGAAGGCUUCACAAAUGACAAAUUGAACACACACCUUCCGCCCGGAGGCGUUUUAUAAUUGUGCAAUUUGCGUCAUGUCACGUACCAACACAAUCUCACGAACUUCUCUGGGCGAUCGGAAAGAGAAAUAAAAAAUCAAACGUCUCAUUACUUGCUGAUUUUUUCGCUUCACCAUCCGAGCAUGCUGCGAAGAUUUCGAGCAUCAAAACUGAUAGCUCCGCCGGCAACGCCGUUGCAAGAUUUCACCUAUCACUGGAAGCAGCUGAUGAACUUUUACGCGAGCCACGAAACGGAUUGUAAAGUAUCGAUCGAGAACACCGGGAUCCCGAGGCACUUGGAUCGGCUCUUGGAAAUAUUAUUGGAGGAGGAGAGGCGGGUCGACGGGACGGGUCCGUGCUUGGAGUAUUUGUUGCAGCAUGGACUAUUGGACUGGUUGAGCACGUUGGCGAUCGUAGAAACGCCGCCGGGGAUGAGGCUCGUGUGUUUCUCGUUUUUGAAGAGGCUUUUGGCGAGAUCGAAGCACCCGCUGUUGCAUCACGCUCCGGUUCACGCUCCGGUGCAGCGACUCAUUUCUCAAUGCAACGGAAAUUACGCUUCGCCGGUCGAGGCCGAGGAGAUUCAGUUUUUGCUGACCCUCUGCUUCCUCGUUUGCAAGUAUCCUCAAUUGACGAGCAUCGUAAAUGACUCGGGCCUCGUUAAGAUGGAGCACCAAAAAAUGUCGCGCGAGCAGAGUGAAAAGGCGACGGAUUUACAGUCCGUUACUUACGUACCUACGAGAAAACGUAACAAUUCGAAUCCCCUCUUCGAACCCCUCAAUACACAGGCGGUCACUCUGGUUAAUCCGAAUCUCUUUGCCAACGAUCGCCAAAGAAGACGAUCCGUUUGCUCCUCCGACCGAUCGAUCGAGAAGCCUCUCAACCAGUCACGCAGAAAUUCUCGCAAACGUCAAAGCCUCAACGAAUUCAACGAAUCACACUCGGCCAAGGACACCGAAUUUCCCUCCCAAUCCUCGAGCCCUCUGUCCCUUAAAAAUCCUCCUCAAUAUCCCGUCUCUCCGGAGGAUGAAAACACCGAUUUUUAUUAUGACACUUCUGACAAACGAUCUGAUUGUAGAAUUUCCUUGAGUCACGACCUCGACGCCAAAUUACAAGAUCUCGAAGACCUGAGGCUCGAUCCUCCCGAUUUCACGUGCCACGAUUUCGCCACCGACAAUGAAGAAAAUACGUCGAAUCUCUUGACCGAACCACCCAACUCUGAAAGAUCUGGCAGCCUCCUCCUCGAUGCCUUAAUUAGCUACGUCAACAGUGCCGACAACAUGGUGAGGAUCAGAGCCUGCGAAGGAAUAAUGGUGUUGGCAGCCCUGGAAGACACUUCCUUCGCUGUGACGAUGGCGCAGAGCGAUUUGCCAAAAGUGAUAACGCGACGAUUGAACGGUUUGUUCAAGUCGAUUCCAGCCCACGUUGAUCCUGGUGAGAUUGACGCGAUCGACGUUACCUGGGGUCUCGAUUCGCCGCUGUGGACGAACGAGAAAAAGUUUCCAGGCUGUCGACAAGUCGCAGCGUACUUCGUUUGGCUCGAUUAUUGCGAUCAAUUGAUCAAGGAAGCUCAUCACGAGGUCGCCCGAGUUUUGGCCAAGGAUAUUAGGAGAGGAUUUUUUGAUAAAGUCAUAACGUCGUCGCUGGCCGAUCAUCACGCUGUUUUGAUAACAGCUCUCCUUACGGAAAGCCUUAAAAAAAUAACGUCCCCGUUACUCUGCACAGAAAUAAGUCAUUGGUUGGUGGGCGACAGGAACGAGCCAGACGUUAGAAACGUAUGCGGCAGUUGCGUGUUGCACACUCUCAUAGAAAAUUGUUACUCGGACAGCGACGACUUGACGCUAGAAACGUUGAAGUUAUUCGAGGAGAUAUUGGACAAACGGAACGAGCACGUGCUCCACUGUCUCGUUCUGUCCUAUCUCACAUCCCGAGGAUAUUACGAUAAUGGUGCAGCGGACAGCGCUAUUGGCUCGUGGAGCGACGAAGAGGACGAAAGAGAACGCGAAAAAAAAGGAUCUCUUGAUUUCUCGCAAGAACAGAGCCACAGUAGGACUUUGGCACCGAGCAACAUCCAUCGAAUCAUUAAUUGUUUCCUCUCGUUAAUGCCUCGUCAACUGCAGACGGAUUCAGGAGCAAAUCACUACGAGCGUUACAUGGCAGACUGGGAGAAACAAUAUGCCAAAGUACGAGCGGAUUGCGCGCUGCUCGCCUGGCCCCUCGAAGCUGUCACGGUCGACGAUUCGGCGAGCUACGAUUCGAGACCGGAGGCGGAUCAUUGCUCGAAUCGGUUUUACAUGGGCCCAUUCAUUUCUAUGCUUUUUGACAAAGUUGUCAACAUUCCGAACCAAAGAUACGAAAUCAACUUACAAUUGACCGUCGUCAUAUCGAGAUUAGCCUUACUUCCACAUCCGUACUUGCACGAGUAUCUCCUGAACCCACUGCUACCUCUCGGCCCUGGCUUGAAAAGCCUCUUUACGUGCUUGCAAAAAGUCAUCAAACAGCUGUCGAUCGAAGUCCCCAAAGAUCCAAAGUACAAGCAAAUAUUGAAGGAUACGAGGAAAAAAUUGCUGGAAGAUUCGACUCAAGAUUCAUUGAACAAGGAAAAUAUUUUGUACGAGAGUGUUAUCAUAAUGGAAGAGUUCUGCAAAGAAUUAGCUGCUAUAUCUUACGUCAAAUAUAAUCAUUCCAUGUAAAGCUCAAUGUGCGAUGAAGCCACUCGCGCAACAUCGUUUAUCUCGUUGUAAAGCUAAUUUAUUAUUCUAAAAACGUUGUUAUAAGCUUAUAGACGGACAAGUAUUUUUUGUGACAAGUUUGUAAGAUACGUAGAAUAAAAAGCAUUAAAAAUC